CAGCCCUUUGGACUGCACCCCUCUGGAGCAUCGGCUCAUCACUGCCCCCAUUGAUGGGCAGCAUCUGCCCCUGUCCUGAGGAUGACUAAGGCACCAUGGGCCACACGCUGUGUAUCUGUUCCCGAGGGACCAUCAGCAUUGACAACAAGAGAUACCUCUUCAUACAGAAGCUGGGAGAGGGUGGGUUCAGCUACGUGGACCUGGUGGAGGGACUGCAGGAUGGGCACUUUUAUGCCCUGAAGAGAAUCCUGUGUCAUGAGAAACAAGACCAGGAAGAAGCUCAGUGAGAGGCUGACAUGCACCGACUGUUCCAGCACCCCAAUAUCCUUCACCUUGAGGCCUAUUGCUUGACAGAACGGGGCUCCAAGCAGGAGGCCUGGCUACUGCUACCCUUCUUCAAGAGGGGCACGCUAUGGAAUGAAGUGGAAGGGCUGAAAGACAAAGGCAACUUCCUGUCUGAGGAUCAGAUCCUGCUACUGCUGUUAGGCAUUUGCAGAGGCUUAGAGGCCAUUCAAGCCAAGGUUUAUGCCCACAGGGACCUGAAACCGACCAAUAUUUUGCUUGGAGAUGAUGGACAGCCAGUGUUAAUGGACUUGGGUUCCACGAAUCAGGCACGAAUCCAAGUGGAAGGUUCCCGCCAGGCCCUAGCCCUUCAGGACUGGGCAGCCCAGCGCUGUACCAUCUCCUAUAGUGCCCCUGAACUCUUCUCAGUACAGAGCCAGUGUGUCAUUGAUGAACGAACUGACAUUUGGUCCCUAGGAUGUAUGAUGUUUGGGGAAGGCCCCUAUGACAUGGUGUUCCAGAAAGGAGACAGUGUGGCUUUGGCAGUACAGAACCAGCUCAGCAUUCCCCAGAGCCCCAGGUAUUCCCCAGCACUACCGCAGCUCUUGGCCUCCAUGAUGACUGUGGACCCCAAGUGCCGGCCGCAUACUUCUCUCCUCCUCAAUCAGUUGGAAAGUUUGCAGCCCACAGCUCCAGGCCAACAUACCACACAUUUCUGA